CUGUGCCGGCCCUGGGGGCUACCAGCUGGGGAGCCGCUGCGGGACAGUGUGUCGGGUGCUCUGCGCCGCCGCCCCGCCAGUGCCCGGGACCCGAGCGUCCUUACCAGUGCGGGAAGCCGGAGGAGAAGCCGGCGCUUCUGUUUGGAGUUGGUUGAAAAGGAAUUUAGCCUAUAUGUACUGCUUUAAACACUGGAAGAAUGACAGAUGACAAAGAUGUGCUUCGAGAUGUGUGGUUUGGACGAAUUCCAACUUGCUUCACCCUGUAUCAGGAUGAGAUAACUGAACGGGAGGCAGAACCGUAUUAUUUGCUUUUGCCAAGAGUAAGUUAUUUGACGUUGGUAACUGACAAAGUGAAAAAGCACUUUCAGAAGGUUAUGAGACAAGAAGACAUUAGUGAGAUAUGGUUUGAAUAUGAAGGCACACCACUGAAAUGGCAUUAUCCGAUUGGUUUGCUAUUUGAUCUUCUUGCCUCAAGUUCAGCUCUUCCUUGGAACAUCACAGUGCAUUUUAAGAGUUUUCCAGAAAAGGACCUUCUGCACUGUCCAUCAAAGGAUGUAAUUGAAGCUCAUUUCAUGUCUUGUGUGAAAGAAGCUGAUGCUUUAAAGCACAAAAGUCAAGUAAUCAAUGAAAUGCAGAAAAAAGAUCACAAGCAACUCUGGAUGGGUUUACAAAAUGACAGAUUUGACCAGUUUUGGGCCAUCAAUCGGAAACUCAUGGAAUAUCCUGCAGAAGAAAAUGGAUUUCGUUACAUCCCUUUUAGAAUAUACCAGACAACAACUGAACGGCCUUUCAUUCAGAAGCUCUUUCGUCCUGUGGCUUCAGAUGGACAAUUGCAUACACUAGGAGAUCUCCUUAAAGAAGUCUGUCCUUCUGCAGUUGCUCCUGAAGAUGGGGAAAGAAAGAAUCAAGUGAUGAUUCAUGGAAUUGAGCCAAUGUUGGAAACACCUUUGCAGUGGCUGAGUGAACAUCUGAGCUACCCGGAUAAUUUUCUUCAUAUUAGUAUCAUCCCGCAACCAACAGAUUGAAGGAUCAACCAUUUGCUUGAACGGAAUCACCCUUAAACAGGAUUUACCAGAGCAUGUCACCCUUCUGCUUCAGUCAGGUUUGGUGGAGGCACCCUGACCGGAAACACUGCUGCAAGCCUAACAGGAAAGAGAUUCCAUGUCAGAUAAGGGUACUUGGGCUGGUCUUACUCUGCAUUACCACUGCUUUCCUCCACUGCCGUCAUUCAACUUCAGCUGCGACAUGAAAGACUUUACAGGACUACUGCAAGUCUUCUGUUUUCUUGUAAAAUAUAAUGAAGCCCAAACCUUUGGCCUAAGAAGAAAAUGGAAAUAUGUGCCACUCGAUUUGUAUUUCUGAUUAACAAAUAAACAGGGGUAUUUCCUGAGGUGACCAUGGUUGAACUUUAGCUCAAGGGAGUGGAAACAUUGGUUUAAUUUUCAAGAGAAUUAGACUUAAGAAAGUAAAAGAGAAAUUCUGUUAUCAAUAACUUCAGUAAUUUUUUGUAAAAGAUCAAAUUACAGUAAACCCAUCUUUCCUUAAUGAAAAUUUCCUAUGUUUACAGUCUGUCUAUUGGUAUGCAAUCUUGUAACUUUGAUAAUGAACAGUGAGAGAUUUUUAAAUAAAGCCUCUAAAUACGUUUGUCAUUUAAUAACAUA